UCGAGUUCGAGUCAUCGGCGCGAUACCGUUUUGAGCAAAAUCAUAACAAGAGCCGAGGCAAUCGGUCCUGUUUAAGCAAAACAAAGCUACGCGCCAAACAACCAGUUGGUCGAAGAUUACCAUUCAGUCAACAUUGUGCCACGCUUCAAAUAACAAAUAAUUAAUUUCAAAAAGGCCCUCUCGUCUUUCCAACAAAAAAUACAAUUUGAAUUUUUAUAUUAGAAAUAUAAAAAUGGUGUGCGAAAAAAGUUGAUUACGGGAUGUGAAAUAUAAGAAAGGAAAUGUAUCGCAGAAUAAUUUUCGUAUUCGCGAUUUCAAUCGUCAUUACUUUGCAGACGACAGAUUUCCAAGAUAACCUAAUAAAUGGGUACCGGGCGCUGAUUGCGGACAUUCAGGUCCGAACACAAAAGUCCCGGGAGGACAUGGACACACUAGUGUCCCAAAUAAAACUGCUCAUGAAGAACGAGGCAGACAAAGCCAUUAACUACAUGACUGUGUACCUUGAACAAAUAUCCUUGUAUUUCCAGGUGAUAAUACACGACCGUAAGCCUCGGAACGGGACAUAUUGCAAAGAGAGCAUAGUUAAGCUGCUCGGUGAGAAUCUUCAGUUGGCCGACGAAAAUGUCACAUUGUGUCUCGCCCUUGGCUAUCAGAGAGUACAGAGAUUACCAGAAAAACUACAAGUCCACUUCGAAACGUUGGAAAACUUGAAGAAGUACUCAGCCUCAAAGCUGUUCGAAUGUCAGAAGCAGCAGCAAGUUGGUGGGAACUGCUCUCACGAGAGUCAGGAUCUUGAGAGGACUGUUUUCCUGUACGAAACUUCGCCGUUCCCAGUGGUCAUGGCCGAAAUAGCAAUCCACGGUUUCAAAGAAGUGUCAGACCUUAGUGUGUGCCUCAAGGACAUCAUUUCUAGAAUGAUGACACACUCCGUCAAGGUCAUCGGAGACUUCAACAGAUGCAUCCACAACAUAGAGAUGCCGAAACUCAAAUAUUUACUCAAGUUCAUGAAGAAAUAUGCUUGAUUGACAGCGUGGUUGAAUUCAAUAGGGUUGCCAGAUUGUACUUUUAUUUUUGGAACAGUAACUUUUGGUGUCAAUUUUCUUUUAAAAUUUUUAAAAUCAAAAUUUUAUUUUUUUACUGUAAUUGGUGGGUUUAUAUUUUCUUGUUAUGUCGGGGAAUCAAAAAUACUUUUAUUGAGUUUUGUACUUCGUGAAGUUGAUAAUAUUAUUGAACGUUUUAGUUGCUUUAAAAUUAUUAACAUUUUUAUGGUUUUAUUUGUAUCGAAACGUCAUUUAUUGAGAUAUUUCAUUUGAGUAUUAAAUUCAACUUGAGGAAUGGCAACCCAAAGUAUGAUUGACAUGAUUUGUAUGGUUAAUCAAAAUGUAAAUAACGUGUGUUUUAUUAACAUUCAAUUUAUUAAAUUGUAGUGAAAUUAUUUUUUUAUGUCUAAUAUUGAUGAGAUUUACGAUUUUAAUAAAUAAAUCUAAAUUG